AUGGCGGCCACACGCUCCGCCUCCCUCAAAAUCGACUGGGCAAACCUCCCCACCAAACUCGGCAUCAAAGGCAGCACCGCCCAAGCCCUUGCCGCCUUCAAAAAGCGUAACGACGACGCGCGCCGUAAAGUCCAAAUCCUCUCCGAGCAACCGCAAAAAGUCGACUUCGCCGCCUACCGCUCCCAGCUCCGCAACACGGGCGUCAUCGACGAUAUCGAGAAGCAGUUGUCUGCUUUCCAGCCGAAGAAGUAUGAUGUGAGCAGGCAGUUAAAGGCGAUUGAUGCCUUCGAGGCGCAGGCCGUGAAGAGUGCCGAGGCGACUAAGGGGAAGGUGGAUGCGGAGUUGCAGGACCUAGAGAAGACGCUGAAGAAUAUUGAGACUGCUAGGCCCUUUGAGGAUCUGACUGUGGACGAGGUUGUGGCUGCACGUCCCGACAUUGACGAGCGUGUCUCGCAACUUGUCUCCAAGGGCCGCUGGCAAAUCCCUGGCUACAAGGAGAAGUUCGGCGAUCUUUCUCUGUUGUAA